AUGGUGGGUGUCCCCGGAGCGGCCGCCUUCCAGCUUGGUCCUGAGAAAAGGGUGCCAGCAAUGCCUGGAUCGCCUGUGGAAGUGAAGAUACAGUCAAGAUCCUCGCCUCCCACCAUGCCACCCCUCCCACCAAUAAACCCCGGAGGACCCAGACCAGUGUCAUUUACUCCUACGGCGUUAAGCAAUGGCACCAACCAUUCUCCUCCUACCCUGAACGGUGCCCCAUCACCACCACAAAGAUUCAGCAACGGUCCUGCCUCUUCCACAUCAUCUGCACUAACAAAUCAACAAUUGCCAGCCACCUGUGGUGCUCGGCAGCUCAGCAAGUUAAAACGCUUUCUCACCACUCUGCAACAGUUUGGCAAUGACAUCUCACCUGAGAUUGGGGAGAAGGUUCGGACACUUGUUCUAGCACUGGUGAACUCAACAGUAACAAUUGAAGAAUUUCAUUGCAAGCUCCAAGAAGCUACAAACUUUCCUCUUCGUCCUUUUGUGAUUCCAUUCCUCAAGGCCAACCUGCCCCUGCUGCAGCGAGAACUGCUGCACUGCGCUCGCGCUGCCAAGCAGACCCCAUCCCAGUACCUGGCUCAGCACGAACACCUUUUGCUCAACACAAGUAUCGCUUCACCUGCUGACUCUUCAGAGCUGCUCAUGGAAGUGCAUGGAAAUGGAAAGAGGCCCAGUCCAGAAAGGAGGGAAGACAACAGUUUUGAAAGAGAUACAAUUCCUCCUGAACCUCCUGCCAAGAGAGUAUGUACAAUCAGCCCUGCUCCUCGGCACAGUCCUGCCCUCACUGUACCCCUUAUGAAUCCUGGAGGCCAGUUCCAUCCUACACCCCCACCUCUUCAGCACUACACCUUAGAAGAUAUUGCAACUUCCCACCUAUAUCGUGAGCCCAACAAGAUGUUAGAACACCGAGAAGUUCGUGAUAGACACCACAAUCUUAGUCUAAAUGGAGGCUAUCAAGAUGAGUUGGUAGAUCACCGUUUGACAGAAAGGGAAUGGGCUGAUGAAUGGAAACAUCUUGAUCAUGCCCUGAACUGCAUUAUGGAAAUGGUAGAAAAAACAAGGCGCUCUAUGGCAGUUCUGCGGCGCUGUCAGGAAUCUGAUCGUGAUGAACUCAACUACUGGAAAAGACGAUAUAACGAAAAUACAGAGAUGAGGAAAACAGGGAAUGAACUGGUCUCCAGGCAGCACAGUCCUGGAAGCGCAGAUUCUCUCAGCAGUGAUCCUCAGCGGGAAUUCAACAGUAGGCCAGCAACAGGAUAUGUACCUGUGGAAUUUUGGAAAAAAACCGAAGAAGCUGUGAAUAAGGUGAAAAUUCAGGCCAUGUCAGAAGUACAGAAAGCCGUUGCUGAGGCAGAGCAAAAAGCCUUUGAAGUGAUUGCAACAGAGAGAGCUCGGAUGGAGCAAACCAUAGCCGACGUCAAACGGCAGGCCGCAGAGGAUGCCUUCCUUGUCAUAAAUGAACAAGAAGAGUCAACGGAGAACUGCUGGAACUGUGGCCGCAAAGCCAGCGAGACCUGCAGCGGCUGCAAUAUCGCACGGUACUGCGGCUCUUUCUGCCAGCAUAAGGACUGGGAGCGGCACCACCGCCUCUGUGGCCAGAACCUGCAUGGCCAGAGUCCCCACAGCCAGAGCCGGCCACUGCUUCCUGGAGGGCGGUCAGCCAGGUCUGCCGAUUGCAGCGUGCCAAGCCCAGCGCUGGACAAGACCUCCGCAACCACCUCGCGUUCCUCAACACCUGCCUCUGUGACAGCCAUCGACAGCAACGGACUCUGA